AGGAGCAGACCUGAUUUGAGUGUCCACACUACAGGUGUGCCAGGGAAGGGGUUCAGCAUGGAUUCAAACCGAAAGCUGAACCUCACCGGCAGUUAUGGGGUUCUGAAGCUGCUGUCGAAAGAGAACCUAGUGAGGAUCGUCAAUUCCCAAAUGCAGAGCGUUCCCAGCCUGAGCUUCCCGAGCAAGGGCAGCCGGAGCAGGAAGAGGGAUUUGAUUGACGUUAAUCACAGACAGUUAGAGGCUCAGAAAGUGCAGAGACAAGAUAUGGCUGUCACUCAGCUUCACACUGGAUUUGAUAAUCAGACCGCAUUUCCUUAUUUAAGCCCAGUCACCACCCCAGAUCUUAAUCGAGACCAGGGAGCCAACACUCGUGUUAAUCCACUAAGCGAAGUCAACCCCGCUUUGAGUAAAGGGCAGGGCAACCUGGGAAUGCAGAGUUCAGAUAGCAGUGAUAGCAAGAGCAAACACCUUGUACGCUUACUGUCAACGCCCCGCAGCGAGGUCAGCCUCAGCCCCGAGAAAGAAGUAAUAAUCAGCCAAACAGAGCCGCCAUUUACUUCAACAAAACAUCUCCCAGUGUACGUUCCCUCGGAAACAAAUGAUUCCCCGCCGUCUGUGCUGACAAUGCAACCCCUGGGAGUACGACCGGGGAACCGAGCGGCAGAUCCCCAUAGAGACCCAUUAACAGAGUCUGCUCACAUUAGUCAAACAGAACUCAGCACAGCUCAGUACCCCACAGAUGAAGACAACAAACUUGUCAACAGCAGUCAUGUCCUGAGGCUCCACCCAGCUCCCGAAUGGAGCCACGACACAAAAGACACUGGGAUGCAAGCUGUCGAGCCAGAAAACGGGAUGGGCCUCGUGUUCGAGGAGGCAGACUCUGAGGCGGAGGAGGAGACGCGUGAUCGCAUAGAAGGGACUAGGUCGCGCUCUCGUAGCAGGAGGAGCUGGAUCUGGAACCAGUUCUUUGUGAUUGAAGAGUACGCCGGGCCUGAACCCGUGCUCAUCGGACGGCUCCACACUGACAUGGACAGGAAUGAUGGACGCACUAAGUAUGUCCUGCGAGGCGAAGGGGCGGGCUCGGUCUUUGUGAUAGACGAGAAGACGGGCAACAUCCACGUCACCAAGCCACUGGACCGUGAGGAGAAGGACGAGUACCGUCUCAUCGCCACGGCCACCGACAGGCAGACGGACCGUGCCCUGGAGCCCUCGUCACAGUUCAUAAUUCGGGUGCAGGACAUCAACGACAACCCGCCUGUCUUUGACGAAGGCCCCUACAGCGCCACCGUUCCUGAGAUGGCAAAUAUAGGCACGUCUAUAAUCCAGGUGACAGCGACAGAUGCUGAUGACCCGACUUAUGGGAACAGCGCCAAGCUAGUGUACACACUGGUGCAGGGCCAACAGUACUUCUCUGUCGAUCCCCAGACAGGUAUUCUGCGAACGGCUGUACCCGACAUGGACAGGGAGACCCAGGACCAGUACCUCGUGCUGCUUCAGGCCAAGGACAUGGGGGGCCACCUGGGCGGAUUAUCUGGGACCACCACCGUCACUGUCAGGCUCACUGACGUCAACGACAACCCUCCACGCUUCACACAGAGUAUGUGGUCCUUCUCCGUUUCCGAGCUGGCCAUCCCGGGGGCCGAGAUAGGGCGUAUAUCGGCAGCCGACGCAGACCUGGGUGAGAAUGCAAAGUUGGAAUAUACCAUCCUGGAGGGGGAGACUGGGGAAACAUUCAACAUCACCGGAGUGAACCAAGAGGCGGUCAUAACGCUCAAUAAGCCGGUCGACUAUGAGAGCCGGAGCUCCUACUCCUUCUCUGUGGAAGUCCUCAACCCCAUAGUGGAUCCUCGCUUCUUGCGUCGAGGCCCUUUCAAGGACCGAGCCUCUAUCAGAGUAGCAGUGCUUGAUGCAGAUGAGCCUCCGAGGUUCUCCAGAGCCCGAUACCACAUGGAUGUGUCUGAAAACUGCCCGCCGGCCUGUACUGUGGGCCGGGUCAGCGCUGUAGACCCUGAUACUGGUCUUACCAAUAAUAUCAGGUUCUCCAUUGAUCCACAGUCGGACCCCGAGGCCCUGUUUCGUAUCACCCCAGACACUGGCCUCAUCACCACAGCCAUGGAACUGGAUCGGGAGCGCGACCAUUGGCACAAUAUUACUGUCAUCGCCACCCAGAGAGACAACCCCAGCCAGGUGUCCAGAGUCCUGGUUGCAAUAGAGACGUUAGACCUGAAUGACAAUGCACCCGAGCUUGACAGACAAUAUACAACAGCCAUGUGUGACUCAUCCUCCGUUGGGCAGGUGGUGCAGGUGUUGCGGGCGAUUGAUAGAGAUGAGGGAGGGAAUGACAGCACUGUGUAUUUCAGCAUCCCUCCAGAGUCCAGCGCUGCCCUCAACUUCAGCGUCAGGGACAGUGGUGGUCCCACAGCCAGCCUGGUGCUGCUGUCCCAGCUCCAGCCGCUGUCCCGUUCCGCAUCCUCCACGCUGACGCUCUUUGUGCCGCUGGUCCUGAGGGACGGGACGUCAGGACUCACCAGCACGGGGACGGUCACCGUGUCCGUUUGUCCCUGCCUGAGAGGAGGGGCACGGGCCGGGGAGAAAGAGAAGGACAAACAAACGGAGGGCGAGUGGGACUGGGAAAGAGAGGCGGUGUGUCUCCCUCAGCAGUCCACGCUGCCCUCCCCUGGGCUCAGCACCGCCGCCCUGCUGGCUAUCCUGGCUUGUGUCGCCACACUCCUGGCGGUGAGUGCCCUGUCACUGUCGCUGCGCCGUCAGAAGCGCGACUCCCUGUCACCGCUGGAGGAGGACGACGUACGUGAGAACAUCAUAACGUAUGAUGACGAGGGUGGGGGCGAGGCCGACACGGCUGCCUUUGACAUUGCUGCGCUCCAAAGUGCCCCGCACAGUUCACGCUCACGUGGCUAUCGCACACUGGACAGCAGGAAUGUACGUUAUGCCCAUCAUAACCAAGACAAAGCUCGCACCUACAGCUGGGCCCAGAAUCCAGGCAUGGAUCAUAACUACUCAGGACCAGGAGGCCCUCUCUAUGGUCGCCUCUGCUACAGCAGCCACACCUUACCUGUUCUCCGCCGCACACCAGCCGGGACAUUUGAACCAGGCCUGGCAGAACUGGGAUACCGCUUUCCUGGAGGGCAGCCAGACCACUCUCUGGUCAUCCAGAACCAGGGGGCCAUGGUGGGGGCCAUGGAGUCCGGGGCGGUGUACAUAGCUCCUACAGACCUUAGCACAGGAAGCCGAACAGGGAGUCGCACAGGAAGCCGUGAUGGGACUGCACCCCAAAGUGGGGUAAGCACGUCAGACGGAGGAACGCCGAGGACCAGUGACAGCCAGGAGAGAGGAGGAGGGACAGGAACGGCAAGCAACUGCACAGAGGGCAGCAACGAGGACAAAGUGAACCACAGCCAAGAUGUGGAUUGGGUGCAGUCGGAGACAUUACCCCGGGAGCAGCACCUCGUCAUGACCCGAUCCGGGUCCAUGAUCGGCCAGGGUCACGGCGGGGGAGGAUGGGUGUGCGACUCGGCUACCCUCCCCAUGGCGGGACGCAGGGCCUCCCGCGCGGGUUUGUCCCCGAAACGCACAAGCUCUGGCCAGGCCGAAUCUGAUUCUAGCGCAGGAGGAGGAGGAAGUGGUGGAGGAGGAGGGGGAGGGGGUAAUGGAAAUGGAAAUGGGGGCACAACCACAGAUGGACAACCUACCAGUGGACGCAACUACGCCACUGUGCUGCAGGGGGAGGUUUCUGGACAGAGGGACUACCCCGGCAGCUUGGGGAGAGGAGGACUAGAGAUGGGGAGCAACUUUGUGGUGGCGAGGCCAGACAGGGAGGGCGGAGGGAUAUCAUCUGUCUACCCAGAAGCAGCUGGCUUUAUCGGGGACUGGCGUGACCGGGUUGGUCUUGGGGGGUAUGUUCUCGGCAGGAGGGAUAUAACCCCCCAGCUUUUUCCCUUCCCGGGGCAGCCUCGGGCAGCAUACGGCGGAGUGAUGGGCUUCGGGGCCGGCUGGGUUCCAGGAAUGGAGGCUGCGAGAGGAGCUCCGGGGUCCGGGGGGCCCUCCUUGGCACUGAGGGUGGGCGAGUUCCUACGCCUGCGUCUCGCCCAGGUCACUUUUGACCCAUCGCAGCCACCGUACGACUCUGUACAGGUGUACGGCCUGGAGGGCACAGGGUCCCGGGCUGGAUCCCUCAGCUCCCUGGAGAGCGAAGGAGAGAAGGAUCCAGAAAAGGAGGAGUGGGGGGCGGGGCUGGAAGAGUGGGGUCCCCAGUUCCAGAAAUUAGCUCAACUCUUCAAAGACAGGGAGAAAGAAAGGGAAGAGAAGGAAAAAGUCGAUGAGGGUGCCAAAACGGAGAAGGAAAAGAAAGAUGAGUGGGUGUGCCUUGUCAAAUUGGCCCCUUGA